CUGGCUGCCGAGGGAAGAUCCCAUCCGCCAUGGCAUCUGACCUAGAAAAGGCCUCUGUCAGUGGUAGGUGACAGCAUGUCACUAGGAUUGCAGGUGAUAAACCCACUGGUUUUCUGGAAUCUAAUGGAUACUUUACCAGCACGCUCUCCACUGGCAGGAAGGUCUGCCCUCAGUCUUUGGCGGAAACUGGUCUAAGUGUCGGUGAGCGUCAGCCCCCCACAGAAUGACUGCUCACCUAGACACAGCUGCAGAUUUGGAAAUGAAGCCCUCCUCCCCAUCCUCCUCCUCCUCCUCCUCCUCCCGCACAGAGCACUCCUCUGAACCCGCACUGCCUGAAAUCCAAAGGGAUAAAUCUGCAGAGAACUUCAGCCUGCUCAAGUCCCAGACAAGAGAUGGACAGCGUCCCGAGUGGACGUUUUACCCACGGUUUAGCAGUAGCAUCCACACCUACCACGUUGGAAAGCAGUGCUGCUUUAAUGGGGUCUUCCUUGGCAACAGGAGGUCCCAGUCGGAGACGAUGGUGGACAAGUGCCUCGGGAGGAAGAAAUACGGUAUUGAUCCCAGGAAUGGGAUUCCAAAGUUAACUCCAGGGGAUAAGCCAUAUAUGUACCCAGAGCAAAGUAAAGAUUUCCACAAAGUGGGGUCAACUCUUCCAUCAGUGAAAUUUUCAAUAGUGCCUUAUGAAAAGAAAUUUGAUACAUUUAUUCCACUUGAGCCUCUUCCACCAAUUCCCAGUUUGCCUUUCUGGGUGAAAGAGGAGGCCAACAAGCUGAAGAAUGAGAUAAGAGAAGUUGAGGCGCUGGACAACUGGCAGCCAGCAGUGUCCCUCAUACCAACCGUACUAUCUCCUGGUCUUUUGGACUUUGGAAAACCAUCCUAAGCAGACAGUCCACAAAGCAAGUCCUGGAGAGCCUGGUUCAGCUGGUUGUCUUGUCAGGGGUGCUGCCCUCAAUGAAAUGUUUAAUUUCUACAAGGAUUUUUUUCUUUUAAGCUUUAUCUCUUGGAAAACUUCAAACUCACAGAAAGGUUGCAAGAAUUGUACAAUGACCACUUGCAUGUUCUUGACCUAGAUCCUCCAAUGAUUAAUAUCUGUCCAUAUAUGCAGGAGGAAGAGGAGAACCAUCGGUUUCUGUAGGCAACCCCAAGGGACAGUUUUACCCUGGCCUCGAUGAGCCAAAAUGGGCUUGAUGGCAGUGCGGCUUUUGA